AGAUUUUCCCAAAAGCAAACAAGUGAAAGCUAUGCAAUGAAGCAACCAGAAAACUUUGCAGAAGCUGUAUCUCCGGCAACUAAGAAGGUUACAGGAAAAGCUCUUUCCACAGAGAAAGAAAAUUUUGAAGUAUAUCCUUUAUAUACUCUCCCUAUCCUUGCUCUUGACAAGGAAUUAGAAAAUUUUGAAAUUAGAAAUCUACUUAAACCUGUUUAUAAUAAUAGGAAUUGUGUAGAUAGCGAUAAUGCCUUAAAAACCAGAAGGUAUUUUGAAUUCAUUCUUAUCGAUACAGGUUCGAUCGAAAUCGAGCAUGAACUUGCAGAUCAAUCAGACCCGGAUAGCAUUGCCUAUUCGAAAUUUACAAUUAAAAAGAUUUUGUCUCCCUCUAACUGGUUGACUGAUCAUCUCCUUACCCCUAUAAAUCUUUCUAAAAGAUUUAACCCCCAAACAUUUAAUUGGUUCGACUACAGGAAUGCGUGGAUGAACUUCUUAUUUGUUAGACCAAUCACUCAUUCGUGGUUUGUCAAAUAUUGCACAGAAGCCUCGACUUCUGUAAUCCCCAGGUGGUUCUACGAAUGGUGGAGUUACUUUGGAGGAAAUAAACAGAAUUUGACAGGAUAAAAUAUCUCUCUAAAGAGAUAAGGAUCAAAGGAUGGUCUCCUGCAAAGAGAGAAUCUCCAUCAUCUUCUAAAAGGCCACCAGUCAAGGAUUCACCAUCCAAGAGUGAAUUAAAACAACGCCUUGAAAAAGCAUUAUCUGAAUUAGAUAAUGAAAAGGCUAAUCCAGAUCAAGCUGCGAUCGAGCAACUUCUUGAAGAAGCUUCGUCACAAAGUGACGAUAAUGGCGACAUGUUAAAUCCUAAGGCUCUAGCUCAGUCUUAUUUAAAUCCAUUUGAUUAAUCCUAAUUGAGCUUAUUAAAAAGCAGAAUAAUUAGUCUUCAAGACAGAGAUUAAAAAUCGGAAUUGUCUAUGGAGAAGUAAAGGAAUUUCAAAGAAACGGAAUCUUUACUGAUUAAACAUAUGGACCCUAGAGGGACCCGCCACGUUAAGAAAGUUGCUUCUUCUACCAAAAGUCUUUUGGACUAUGCGGAAAAGAAAGACGACACAUGGCCCUACCAUUAUAAAAGAAGAUGCCUUCUUUAUCUCAAGUCUCUUGACUUAUUCGGAAAAGAAAGGCAUAUGGCCCCUACCACCAUCACCAAUAGAAGAAAAGCAAAGAUUCCAUCUUAUCUCUUCUUUGACGCUUUCAAGUCUAUAAAAGGCUUCAUGUAAUCCCAUUAGAGGGCAUCCUACAAUUUUCAUCUCAGAAAAUCACAAGGAAAACCUCUCUCUUGUAGAAAUGUUCGCUCUUAUGCUUGAAUAAAGAAAGUUUAAUUUUGUAAGUCUACUUUCAUAAAAAUAUAAGACCAAAAUGGUGGUGCUGCUGAAGUAUUAGAUACUAUUAUAGUAGACACAGGCAUGUAUGCAGGUGCAUGCCUCUUGAUAGGGAUGUCACAUAUUUAGCAUUCUUAAUAUGCAUGCCUCUUGAUAGUGAUGUUGCAUAUUGAGCAUUCGUGUAUAUUGGCUAAAAAUGGAGAGGAUAUUGUCGCACACUCUUUUGACUGGAGUUACCGAAUGAUUUGUACUGUGUUGACUGACUUUUGUUGUUGUUGUAGGCCCCCAAAGAGGAUGCUCCUAGAGAAAUAUUUGUUGUUGUUGUAGGCCCCCAAAGAGGAUGCUCCUAGAGAAAUACCGUGUAUAUCUCUUAUGUUUCGAUGGGCAUUAUAGUGUUUGCUUGCCACCCAAAAAAUCAAUAGAUCAGUCCCUUGUUUGCUUUUGUGUUUAUUUUUCUGUCACUGGCAUGUUCUAAUUUGAGUCACGAUAUUUUAUCGGUUAGCGCUGCCCUUUGUCAUCUAUGUCUAAAUUAAUUCCCAUGUGCCAGAACCUAUAUAAACAGUGUGUCUAAUUUCUCAACCAUUUCUUAGGGCAUUGAUUUUUUCUGUGUUUCGGUGUGAAG